GCCUUAAAAGUUUGUGGACUUUGUUCAUAGGCAAAGAUAGCACACGAUAUACAAAAAUGGAAGAGUACACACAAUUUAACUAGUUUUUAGGUAGUAGGCCUCAUAAGUAAGGCAAGCAUACUUAUAUGCGGCUAACUUUGUAGAGAGAUGAAGCUUUUGAUCGCCAUGGAAGCUGCGAGUAGACGCUUGCAUCAUUUGCAAGGAAUAUUAUUAGGAUCACAAGAAGUCAGAUUUUCUAAUAAUUUGCAAAUUCGUUUGUUGUCGGAAUCAGCUGGUAAGAAAGUUAGUAAGAAAAAUAAGAUUAAGAUAAUUUUAGGUUGUCAAUAAUAUAAUUAAUUUACCACUGUAACUAAGUAUUUGUGGAUUUUUUCUGUCAUUUUUCCUGGUUGUAAUCAGUGCAGUUUUUAAGGCUAAAAAUAAUAAAUAAUAAUAAUAUUUAGAACAAAAUUUAAAAAAAAAUGAUUCAUUUAAAUUUAAGUUUUAACACACAAGAUGGGGUCUGGAUUAUAUCUGAUAUCUAGUUGUACUUUGGACUCUAGAACCCCUUUGAAUUUUCUGGAAUUUUUUUUCUGGAUUCCAAGCUGUGUGGGGUGUUCGAUUCAAAGAUGGGAAGCGUUAUACGCAGUCGGCUGCGCAUAACCCUGAGAAUUAUACGCAGUCGACUUCGCAUAACCCUGAGGGUUAUUCACAGCCGACUGCGUAUAACUCUCAGGGUUAUGCGCAGUCGGCUAGGAAUUUAGCCAAAUAAGGUUAUCAAUCGCUUGUUUGGCAAUUUAAAAAAAAGUAUUAUGCGUAAUGAGCAUGACGGGUUGUUUUGAGCUAGAACUUUUAAUGUGUUUAACGUAAAAUUUUAAUUGAAUUAAUUUUAAUUAAUAAUGAAAUUGAAUGAUAGUAAUAGUAUUAGUAUUAGUAUUAGUGCUAUUAUUAGUAUUAUUGCUUGUAUCUUAUUUAUAUAUUAUAAUUAUAAGUAUAAGUCAAAGUCUACAUUUCUUAGAGUCUGAGCCUAACGCUGUCUAAGUCUAGUUAUGUAUUUUGUUUGAUUGAUUAGGUUUUUAUACGUUGCUAUGACCAUGUGGUUGGUUUUACUGACUAAUUCAGGAAAUACAUUCUAUUUAUUUUUUAAAAAAUUAUAUCAUUUAUGAUUUUUUUUUUUAUGACCUAAAUGUAACAGUUUUCAGCUUCCAUGCAAAACUAUAACUGUGUGAAAGUAUUACUUACAGUGCUCCCUCUACAGAACCCCCUGCCCCUACAGCGAUUUUUUACUGACUCUCAACCCAUGAUUAUAUUUAUUACUGUACCAGAGAAACAUGAUUUAAUCUGCCACAAAAUUAGUUAACAACACAAAAUAUAUGUUAACAACACAAACAUAUUUUUGAUAAUUAUAAGAAUAACAUUAUUAACAUUAUAUUGGUCAAGUUAAUAAUUCUUCUCAUGUUUUAACAUUUUUUAGCCAAACAAAAGUAAAACAAUAAGCCUAGUUGUUUUUGCUUCAUUCUCGAGAACAAACAUAGUAACUGACACGUAUUAAUGGCUUGCCGUUGGCUGGAAUUGAACUCAUGACCACCAACUUGAGGUUUGGUCAGUUUGUACCAUUUGACCACCCAGUCAACCCGAUAACGAGGCACCCUUAUUGAUUGAUACUGUAACACAGGAAGAAUAUAGACGUCACGUGACUUGCCGACUGCGUAUAACUCUCAGGGUUAUACGCAGUCGGCUGCGCAUAACCACUUCUUUCAAAGAUACCACAGUGAUUGCUCCAAAUUAGUUUCGCAUGAAUUUUUUUUUCAAACGAACACCUCAUAUCUUAAAGAGAGAAGAUUUCUCCAUGUACCCACCAAAAAAAAUAUGCUUAUUUUUGGAAACCCGCAUGGCACAAAAUAGAUUUUGAAUGGCCUCUUUAUAAAUUAAUUUUAAUUUCCUGGUUUUAAUUUGAAAAAAAUAGUUGGCUAAAAUAAAUACUAUAAAUUACAUUAUAUUUAGCCUAAAUGUUUGUAUUAUGGCUCCAUCAUUUUGACAAAAUCUAUAAAAAUCAGUUAUUCACAUAUUCUUUGAAUGAUGCACUGACAGAAUUUUAUCAAUUUUAAAAAAAUUAAAUUUAUUAUGCAUUUUGUUUUGAACAGUAUAGAAGAAAUACCAAGGGAAGGGCUUUUGUUAAGGAAAGAGUGAAUUACUGUCUAAAAUCCUUUGAAGAUUACUGCUUUGGUCAUUGAGACUCUAAUUAUUUACUAACAACUUUUUUGUAUUCUAACAACUAUCAGUGUCAAUAAUAAAUCACUCUGUAUGAAAUAGAGAUGGAUACGCCAAUAUAAUUGAGAAAGUGAAAAUAACAUAUUUUGAUGCAGCCUCUGAUGGAAUCUCCAAGGCGCUAUAAAAAAACAAGAGACAGACUACAUAAAUAAUGAAAUUAUGAUCGAGACAAAGACAGUGAUAAUAUAAUGAUUGAUUGGCAUAUUCUCCAUUUAGAGAAACACAGGCCAAUAAGUAAGAUAUUGGUUCUCCUUUUGUAGACAUUUUAAAGGAAAAAAAGACAGUUAAGCCUAAGCUCUAGUGUUCCUGUAAAUUUCAGGUGGAAAGAAAGUUACCAUAGGAGAUGUAAGCAAAGUUGUGUCUGAGCCAAAUCAUCCUGAACUUGUACCAAGACAAUAUUGUGAGUAUAGACAAAAUUCUUUAAAAAAAAAUAUAAAAAAAAGAAUGUGAAAAAACUUGUACACCUGUUUAUUAUGGAAUAUUGAAUCAGCUUAUCUAAGAAAUCAAACAUGUUAAAAAUUUUAGGGGAAAAUAUUUUUUAACACAAUUUCAUCUACAAAAUUUCAAAAAAACAUGAUAUAUAGCCUAUCAUUUUGUUCAUUGAUUUUUUUUAAAAAUUUGAUUAUUUCAUUCAUCCUUAAUCUUUCUAAGCAAUUAUAUAUUAUUAUUUAAUCUCUAAAUUUAUAGAGAAAAUGUAUUUUUUUUCAGUGAAAAAUCAACCUUCACAGUCUAUUUUAAGACAUUUAAGAUGGAUAAUGCAAAAGGUAUUACAAAAAACUUUUUUUUUAAAAUUUCAGCUUAAUUUAUUUACUUUAUAAAAAAUUCUGAAGAUAUAUAAAUUAACUCUUAGUGUCCGUAGGUCAAAUCCACGUUUUGACGCAGUAAUUUUGUUGAUCCUAGGUGACCACAGACAAUAUUUCAUAACUUUUCUAGUAAAAUUGCGAUAAAAACAAAUUCCUUGAACUUUUGAAAAUGUUAACACCUGAAGAGGAUGUGGAAAUAUUGAUUUGGACCAAAUACCGAAAUAUUCAUAUAGAAUCCCAAAAUUAAAGAGUCACCAUGACACGCCACAUAGACUGGCUCGAGUCAUAAUGUGACCGACAGAAAGCCAGUUAGACUGGCGCGUCAGACUUUAAGAGUUAAAGACAUUUUAAAGUCCAAACAUGAUACUUAAACUUUGAAAUUAUAUCCUCUUCAGGAUUCUCUUGGCCAAGAUGUGUUUCUUAUUGGACCCCCUGGCCCAUUGAGAAGACAGAUUGCUAUGAUGUAUUUGGUAAGAUUUUCAUUCUUAUUUAAUUUUUAUGUUGUAUUCAAAGAUAUUGACUAUACGUCUGACUUUUAUAAAAUUGUAAUAUAUAUGAAUAAUCUUUCCAGCAACUGACUAAAAGAGAAUUAGAAUAUGUAUCUCUAUCCAGAGAUACAACAGAGUCUGAUCUCAAGCAACGCCGAGAGAUUGAAAGUGGGACUGCAUCAUAUAUUGAUCAGGUUUCUAAUUUGUUUGUAAUGGUUUCACUUUAUUUAUUGUAUGUUUAAGUGAAUGGUGAAAAAGUGUUGCACGUAAAUGUUUUAUUUCUUUUAUCUGAAAGUUGUUGAUGUAACAAAUUUACCUUGCCGUCUUUUUGUUUCUCUAGUGUGCUGUUAGGGCAGCCUUGGAAGGUCGCAUCCUGGUUCUGGAAGGCAUUGAGAAGGCUGAAAGAAAUGUCCUGCCUGUACUCAAUAACCUUUUAGAAAACAGGGAAAUGCAGCUGGAUGAUGGCAGAUUUCUCAUGGCAGCUGACCGAUAUGAUCGUCUACUGGCUGACCACACACAAGAAGAAUUAGAUGAACUGCGACUUGUUCGUGUUAGUAAGGACUUCAGGGUUAUUGCCCUUGGCUUGCCUAUUCCACGCUAUCAAGGGAAUCCUUUAGAUCCACCUCUUCGCUCCAGAUUCCAAGCUAGGGAUAUUCAUGCCAUACCUUUCAAAGUGAGUGCAUGCAGUGAAUUUAAAUAAGUUAUGGUCCCCAUGUAGUCAAUAAUUUUCAAAUUUCCACAACACUUUGGGAUUGAGGGGGAAAGAAACAUCUCAACAAUUGGUAAAUCUAAUCUAUAAAAUCAUGAAAAUGUUUCAAUGGCAAGGAAUCACUCAAUAAAUAUUUAUACACAUAGAUUAGUUGAUUUUGCAUGUGUCUUUCAAGAUUGCUAGUACUUUUACCAUUUCAUACUUAUAUUGUUUUCAAUUAUUUGACUAAAAUGUAGCAAAGCAGUUGUCAUAAGUUUUCUGUUAGGAAAAAUUUUGAAAAAAUUUAUGAAUUUUUAAACUUUUUGAAAUCGUUACCUGCUCUACAUAGUAUUUAUCUUGUUGUUUGUUUCUAGGAAAAAAAUUUCCUUCUUAAUGACUGCAUUAUUAAAAAGCUAUCUCUCAUUAUUUAGGAGCUAUUUGAAGAGCUUCAGUCUUUGGCUCCAAGAGUUGCUCCGGAUAGGUAAGUUGAAUUUAUAAUUAUUUAUAAACCUAUUAACUUAUUACAUUUAAAUUUUUUUCUUUCACCAAAUUUUUCUUUCUUUACACAGAAAUAAACUGUUGUAUGUACAACUUGAAAUUUUAUAACCAAUUUUUUUUUUUUAAAUUUAAAAUUUAGGUUAUCUCAGCUGUUGUCAUUUGCUGUAACAUUGCUCCAAAGAGAGAGUUCCAGUAUAGGGCUACCAGACUUUCCUUUGGACAACCUACCUCAUAUUGUUAAAAUAAUGGUACACACAAUUCUUAACAAUCCUAAUUAUUAUACUGUUUGUGUCAUUGAUCUAUUUUUUUUCCAUAUUCAAUAUUUAAUUAAUAUACCUUCAUAUCUUUUACAAAUGAGGUUGUCAAUAGUUCCAAGUUAAUAACUUUAUUUGAAAACAUUAUUUUGAUAAAGCUAGUGUCCAUGAAAUAUUAAGUCCUGUAGUAAAAAACGUUCGUAUAAUUGGGAUUCUGACAUUUACUUCACAUUCUUUUGGUCUUUCCUACAUAAACAUUCAGUCAAUCAUAAAAGAUUAGCAUUGUCAUAAAAAUUACAAAUCUCUAAAAUAAAACUAAUGAUUUUCCCACAAGUAAAAUCCAUUAAACAUGUUUUUUUUUAAAAACACUUUCUCUCUCUUUAGCGAUCUUCUUAUAAUGAGGCCUUUUCUGAAACAUCAUUCUCAUUUUAACUAUGAAUAUAAAAAAAUCCAAAACAUUGUAUUAAAUAUAUCUAUAAUUUUACAUGUUAAUUUCUUAAAUUCAAUUGGGAUAAAGAUCACUGCACUGCUUACCAUCUUUGUAUAUUAAUAUUAAACUUUUAAAACAGGUAUAAUUGAUAUUCAAUGUCCCAACAUGACCUGUGAUAAUAAUUAUUAUCCUGCUCAUCUUUCUUGCUAUGUUAAAUGAUGCUAAAUAGUUUUGUUACACAUUGUUAACUGCAAUCUUAUAGUAAUAUAUUAGUUAUAAAAUAAAACAUGAUGAAAAGAAAGUGUUUGUAACUAGAGCGCGUACAUUUUCAGAAUGCAAUGCCCAGUUGUUCAGAUGCUGAGCUGCUACACAGGGUUUACCCAUUUCAUACUAUGCUAGGAAAAGAAGGGAAAGAAGCAGUCGAGGAUACCUUAAAGGUGAGUUAUCUAACAUGAAAAAAAAGAGACAAAAAUAGUUCAAAUAAUGCUCACCCAUAUUAGCAUUUCCAUUAAUGAUGGGAGUUAAUAAAAUGAUCUAUAUAUUACAUUAUAGGUGAAGAUGUGCAUUGUUACAUUGUAGGUGAAGAUGUGCAUCGUUACAUUAUAGGUGAAGAUGUGCAUUGUUACAUUAUAGGUGAAGAUGUGCAUUGUUACAUUAUAGGUGAAGAUGUGCAUUGCUAGAUUAUAGGGGAAGAUGUGCAUUGCUACAUUAUAGGUGAAGAUGUGCAUUGCUAGAUUAUAGGAUAAUAUGUGCAUUGCUACAUUAUAGGUGAAGAUGUGCAUUGCUAGAUUAUAGGAGAAGAUGUGCAUUGCUACAUUAUAGGAGUAGAUGUGCAUCUGCCAGCUCCAUGCCUGUAUGUUGUUUCCCAACUUCGCCAAACAGUCAAAGAAAAUAACGUUUGACACGUGUUUAUUCCAUUGUAAAUCCACAUGAUAAAAAAUUGAUCUCGGUAUCAUAAUUUGAAGAAUAUUAUAUUAUGUCAUUGCUCGUCUAUAGCUUUAUGCCCAGGGUCUAAAUAUUCAUACCUUUUUUACUUGUUCCAUGGAGUGCAUUAGAUUUACUUAAAAUCAUUAUAAGCUUUUUGAAUGGUGCAAGGGAUUGGCCUUAAGAGACAUUUACAGAUGUGCCUCUGUACUUCAUAUCUUUGUUACAAGUAACACACAUGUGAUUCGUAGACCAUGCUAAUAGCAUUCAAAUUUAUUUUACGUGUAUUGCCUUUUUAAAAAUGCCAGAAGAAAAUACUGAGGUUAAUUAAUGGUGUUAGGCCUAUUACCAAAAACCACUCAAGGAAUUUUAUAGCUGCUGGGUUGCACCAUAGAUGAUUAUUUUUAAAAUGAACAAAUAUUUUUUAAAAUAUAAACAAUCUGAUAUUUCUCAUGAUUAUUUUUAAAAUGAACAAAUAUUUUUUAAAAUAUAAACAAUCUUAUAUUUGUCAUGAAAUUUUUUUUAAUUAGAAAUUUGAAAUUUCACCUCUCAAAUCUGAAGUGCAAUCCUCUGUGGCUGAACUGUCUAGAAAAGGAAACGGUGCCUCAGUCAGAGUCAAACAUGGGAAAUCUCUAUCUAACUUUGAGGUAAAAUAUGUUUUUUGUUUUGUGAAUGAGAUUAUAGCCAAGUAUUGUACAUACAACAGAGCCAUUCUGGUUGUAGCUAUCAUGAAGGCUAAAACCAGACCUGUUUAUCAUAAAGAAAACUCUUGAUUCAUUUUAUAGAAAUCCACAAAAUUUCUCCUCACAAAAUGUUUCUUUCUCACAUGUUUAAUUUCAGGAUCUCUUUUAUUCAUGUUUCUUAAGGUUCCUUCCGGUAGUCUGAGCACAGAUCCACAUUCCAGUGAGUUUGUCAAGACCCAGUACCACGAAACAGUUUUGUCUGAAUUGAUGCAGUCGCAUUUUGCCAAAGAUUUCUGUAUCAUUGGGCCCAAGGCAAGUAUAUAGUUCAUUCAGUUGAAGAAGUUUAAAGUGAGUUGGCAAGAGUAGAUGUUUGUUAGAUACUUGAUAUUAAUUGGUAAUGUAAAUGAUUGCAUGAUGCAUUCUCUCCGUAAGAUAAACGUACAUUAUCUAAUGCCUUACAGGGCUGUGGUAAAAGUGUUGUGGUCAAGCAGUUUGCUGACAUGCUGGGCUAUCACGUUGAGCCAAUCAUGCUCUAUCAGGUACUUUGACUUCUUUUUAGGGCUCUCAAAUUCACCAAAGGUGUGAUAAUAAGUUGAUUUUUUUUAAUCUUGAAAAAAGCAUUAAGUAACUUUUUUAAAGGUUCUAGAGCAUUGCUACCAAAAGUGAUAGUCUGUACCAUCCCUCAUUUGCAGGCCCACAAAGGGGGACAAAGUAGAGACUUUCAGAAACACUGUCCCACAGAGAUAUUGUCCAUAUUAGCCUAAUUAUUUUAAAGAUGGUUACCGUGAGCUAUUUGAAGAACACAUGUAGCCCUUGUUACGGGAUGGUUUCAUGAUGAAGCUGUAGCUAUUCAUUAUUUCCCUUCAUAUCUCAGGACAUGACCUCACGAGAUCUCCUUCAACAACGAACGACAUUACCCAAUGGAGAUACAGUGUGGAGGCCAACGCCCCUGAUCACUGCUGCUCUAGAGGGUAGCCUGGCUGUGCUAGAUGGGGUCCACAGGGUUAAUUCUGGCUCUUUUUCAGUGCUACACAGGUCGGUUUAAUGCUGUAUAAAUAAAUAGUGGAGUAAGAUAUUUUUAGGCUUGAAGAAAAUACAGAACAAUUUUUUUUUCAACCCUAAACAUAUUUUAUUUAUUUACUUGACACAGCUUGAACGCGGUCCCCCAAUAUAUUAAUGCUAUAUACAUCAUUGAAAACUGAAUGUUUGUUUGCUCUUAAUUAAUCAACUCUUACAAAAAUCCUUUUAAUUUUGAAGUUUAAAUCAAAUAUUUUACAGAGGUUGACAUAUUAUGCAUAAAAUAAAUUUGUAGUCAUUCUUAAUAAAUGUCAUAGUGCAAAAAAAUCAAAGCAUUGUGUAAUAUACAUUAGUUCAUUUAAAUACUAUUUGAAUAAAAUCAACCAACUUUGUAUUUGGCAUAAACACAUGUGCAUCAGCUGGUGGAAGUGCAUGUCAUCAUGAUAGAGCAAUUAAUUUAUUUGUACAUAUCAUCUUACCCUGCUUGACUCCUUGUUUGAUAUCAGACUGGUUAGUGAAAGGGAACUGCAGCUGUUUGAUGGCACGAGGCUUCUCAGUAGAGACAAGUAUGAAGAUAUUAAAGCAGAGGCUGGACUAUCAGAUCAAGAUCUUAGCAGUCGGUCAGUGCUCUAUACAAGUUACCUCAAUAUAAUAUCAGUUGUUUUUUUUUUUUACAUGGUAUGAUAUAUCAUCAUUCAAGUCAAAUGUAUCAGAUAUAGGUAAUUUAAAAAUAUAUACAACUUUAUUUUUCCUUGUUAAAGGUUUAAUUUGAAUUUUAUCUAAUAAAAUGUUAACUGAUUAGGUGGUGGUUUUUUUUAUGUUGAAAAAAUUGUUUUUGCAUUUGUAAAUUUUUCAAGUUGUUUCAGCUGUGUUAAUAAACUACUAAAUGUUUAAUAUUAAAUCAAUAAUUGAACAUGUCCAUACGAGACAUUUCAAAGAUCUGUAAGUAUCAUGCUCAAUAUAAACAUUUAGUAAUUAACAAGGGGCUCAACUCACUUCUUUUUCAGAAACAUCCUCCCCAUCCACCCUUCGUUCCGCAUCAUCGCCUUGUCAGAACCACCGGUGGUGGGCAGCUCCAAGCAGCAGUGGCUUUCUCCAGAGAUGUUGACCAUGUUCUUGUACCACAGCAUGAGACCACUGUCCAGGAAGGAGGAGAUGGAUGUUAUAUCAAAACUAGUAGGAAUUGGGUCUUUACCCAUUCUUUAUAAACUUUUAUGGUGUAAUUUGGUGACACUUAACCUUUUUCAGCUUUUUAUGUCUUAGAAAUAGGUACAAAUAAAUAGUGCCUUGUUUUUUUCAGAGAAAGCAUGCGUAGAGCAAAACUAAGUUGCCAGUUUGAGCUGUUGAGUAUCUAUACACAGACUGAUCAACUUCCUCAGAGAUUUUCAUCUUUUUUUAAUUUAAUUUUUUAAAACUUAUCUAAUAAAUUGUGUGUUAUCUGACCUAUGUCAUUAACACUUGGAGUCAGUUUCAGGUCAUUUACUUAAGUUAAUUACUGACCUAAAUGAAAAAUGUGCACACACACAAAAAUAAACAAAACUAAUACUAAACUUCUAUUGCAGGUGCCCCAUGCUCCUAACUUGAAUAAACUGUUUGAUGUUGUACAUAAGUUGAGAGGAUCACCUGAUGGCACGGUAAAAAGAAAAAAAGUUUUGUCUUCUCAGGGUUGAAAAAAUUCUGAUGUUAAAAAAAAAAAGAAUAAAUAAAAAAGAUCAGUAUUAUGCUAAUUACAAUCACUGACAGCACAUGUCCUAAAUAUAAAGCUCAACAUUUCCUCUCUUUUUACAACUUAAGCUCCAGUCUCUUGCAUCAAGUUUGUCAACCCGCCAACUGCUGAGGGUAGCAAGGAGACUUGCCAAGUUCCCCAGUGAAGAUCUGCACAGUGUGAUACACAAAGCAUGUUUAGCCAGGUGAGUUUGCCGCUCACUGGAAGGUCUUUGAUGGUCACACUUGUAGCACUUAGUGAUGUGCAUGUUGUCCAUGCAACAGUACACAACAGUAGCAACCAGACAUCGUUACGAACCCGGUUCUACCCAAAGGUUCGAUGGCUUCGUUCUGUCUAGGGGUUUAAGCAUAUUCGCUUCACAAACCAUAGAUUAUUUAUAAUUAAAAUACAGUAUCUUUAUUAACUAAAUCUCAACUGCCAUUACUCCAAGAUAAACACUACACAAUAAUAAUAAUAAUAAUAAUACUUAAUAUCCCCUUUCACACAAUACGUCACAAGAUAUCAAACAUUUAAUAACAAAAUCUACCCAAAUACUCUCUAAACAACAUGCAAUCACAAUAUACAUUCAAGUCCUUAACAGACAUAGAGGACAUUUUUUUCCGCAGAUAUCCUGAAAAUAUCCUCCCCAGCUGAAAUGCUUUCAUCGAAUCAUUCUUUAGAAAAAAACAUGAAAGGAAGAUUUCCCAAGAAGACACUUGUACUUUCCACCUGUUUUAUUUGAAAUACAUAUCUACUGAAUGAGAAAUGUCAAGAGGGACCAUCCAAUAACUUGUACUUUCCACCUGUUUUAUUUGAAAUACAUAUUUACUGAAUGAGAAAUCUCAGGAGGGACCAUGCAAUAACUGAUUGUGUUUAAAGUGACAACAUCAGAGAAAGGUUAAUAAGCACUUGCUAAACCCUGCCAAAUGAAAGAAAGCAUAAUUUUAAAAAAAUGUUGACUUAAGCUUGCUUAUUCUAGGAUUCUAGUUGGAAUCCACUCAGCUUGGUAUAAGACAGACAUGAUUCUUUUAAUUAUUCUCAGCACACCUGUUAUGCCUUUUAACAUACUAUUCAAAUAACUUUUGACCAGAUUUCUGCCAAGACUAGCCCAGUCUGCUCUCAAUCAGAUAUUGGAAGAAUCCCAAGUCCCCCUUCAGGUCAAAGAACACCACUUGGAUGAUUAUGCACAUUCAAUGUCAAGUACGUUGUUUCAAUAACUCUGUAACAGUUUAACGAUUCUUAUAUUUUUAAAUUGUAAAUAUCACAUCCAUAACAAUGGACAUAAAUACAGUUAAUAAAUUAAAUAUUUGUUGUUAGCUUUGUAUUCUCUUUCCCUUCAAAAUAAUUAUGAUAAGAAGCUGUGGAGUUCUCGAAUUUGUAGAAAACCUGAUGACCAAUCUGGAGAACCACAAGCAGACUGACGUGCUAGUAAUGGACUUCGCAAAAGCAUUUAAACCGUGUGAAUCAUAGUUUGCUUCUACACAAACUCCAGAGAUACGGGAUUCAAGGCACCACUAAAACAUGGAUCUCUAGCUUCCUCAGCCACUGACGCCAAGCAGUAGUGGUGGGCGGUACAAGCUCCUCCUUCGUCGAUGUGAAGUCAGGGGUCCCCCAGGGAUCAGUCCUGGGCCCCUGUUUGUUCCUAGCAUACAUUAAUGACCUACCCGAGAAACUGACAUCACAGGCAAGACUGUUCGCAGAUGACACAGCAGUGUAUAGGACGAUCGCCAACAGAUCUGACCAGGACCAGCUACAACAGGAUCUCAAUCUGUUAGCUGAGUGGGAGAUGAGCUGGGACAUGGAAUUUCACCCUGCCAAGUGCCAGACACUAUCAGUCUCUAGAAGUUGUACUCCUCUACACUACCAAUACGAACUGCACGGCCAUAUACUUGAGCAAGUUUCCUCCGUAAAGUACCUGGGUGUUACCAUUCAAAGAGAGGUCCGCUGGGACGAGCAUAUUAACAAUGUAUGUAACCAAGCAAACAAGACCCUAGGGUUCUUAAGGCGAAAUCUAAAGAUUGGCAACUCCUGUGUGAAAGAAAGAGCUUAUAAAGCCUUUAUCCGUCCGAUUUUAGAUUAUGCAUCUUCAGUCUGGGACCCAUUUACCCAGAAGAGCAUCGACAUGUUGGAGGCGGUCCAGCGACGAGCACCACGCUUUGUCCUAAACCGCUACAGGAAUACCUCUAGUGUUGGCAGCAUGCUAGAAACACUACGCUGGUCACCAUUGGAGAAACGACGACGACAAUCCAGGCUCUCCAUGAUGUACAAGAUAAAUAAUGGGCUGGUCCACUGUUCCAGUAUUAAACAGAAACUCGUCCCUCUCCCCCAUAGACAGCGACGAUGGAGAAACGACGACGACAAUCCAGGCUCUCCAUGAUGUACAAGAUAAAUAAUGGGCUGGUCCACUGUUCCAGUAUUAAACAGAAACUCGUCCCUCUCCCCCAUAGACAGCGACGAGGCCAUGACAGGCAAUUCAGGCUCAUACCAGCAAGAAGCCAGUAUAGGAGCUGCUCAUUCCUGCCCAAGACAAUCAGGGACUGGAAAAUCUUUCAAAAGGAACGGUUGAGGCGACAACACUAGACACAUUUGUGUCUAUUGCCUCAAGCCUUCAAACCCCUAGUGCAUGAUUUCCUCAUCAACACCAGUAACAGAAACUUUGCAAAUCCCAUCUACAUGCAUAGGAGCCAAAAUGAUCAAUAAAUUGAUCGUGGGCCCUUAAGAUAUAGAAGAAGAAGAAGUUCUUAAAUGCCGAGAAAGAGUUACAUAAAAUACUAUAAACUGUGUUAACUGACGUUUUAUUGUUUUCUCAACUGUCAGGUGAAGUGAAAGAUGGUAAGGUAAGGAUAGGGGAAACAACUGUUCCUGUGUACAAUCCUCAAAAUAAAACCAAAGUGCCUGACAUUCUGUUCUAUGAGAAUCCACAGGUUAGUGUUUAUGAAUAUCAUUGAAUUCCUUCAGUGUAUGUCUUAAUGUUCCUAUAAAUUUGAGCUUGACCUCUUGAUGUUUAUUUCAACAUCAAUCAUCUCACAUUUUUUUUUAAAGAUUAAAUAAUCAAUGUUACAAUGAGCUUUUUUACAAGAAACAUAAUAUUAAUUUUAUUAUUAUGAUAUUUAAUAAUAUUACACUACAGAUAGUUCAGAUGAAGUAAACUAAAUAACAAGGAGUGAAGAGCAAUUUUUUAGCUUGUGCUCAGAACAUGGGUAUAGCUUAUAAAUUUGUUCUCAGAACAUGGGUAUAGCUUAUAAAUUUGUUCUCAGAACAUGGGUAUAGCUUAUAAAUUUGUUCUCAGAACAUGGGUAUAGCUUAUAAAUUUGUUCUCAGAACAUGGGUAUAGCUUAUAAAUUUGUUCUCAGAACAUGGGUAUAGCUUAUAAAUUUGUUCUCAGAACAUGGGUAUAGCUUAUAAAUUUGUUCUCAGAACAUGGGUAUAGCUUAUAAAUUUGUUCUCAGAACAUGGGUAUAGCUUAUAAAUUUGUUCUCAGAACAUGGGUAUAGCUUAUAAAUUUGUUCUCAGAACAUGGGUAUAGCUUAUAAAUUUGUUCUCAGAACAUGGGUAUAGCUUAUAAAUUUGUUCUCAGAACAUGGGUAUAGCUUAUAAAUUUGUUCUCAGAACAUGGGUAUAGCUUAUAAAUUUGUUCUCAGAACAUGGGUAUAGCUUAUAAAUUUGUUCUCAGAACACGGAUAUAGCUUAUACACUUCUCUAAAUUGUAAUUUAAAAUGUUUGAUAAAAGUAUUAUUUUCAAUGUUCCAACAUUCAUUUUAAUAUGUUUACCCAGGUCAUUAACUAAGUACUAAAUAAAGCUUCUCAAUAAAUGUUCCUAAUGAAAGUUAUAACUUUUCCUCCUGCAGCAUCUUGCAGUGAUGGAAGACAUGCUUAAAGAUUUCACCCUUGGAGAGCACUUGCUGCUUGUAGGCAAUCAAGGUGUAGGAAAGAACAAAAUAGUGGACAGGUUCUUACAGUUGCUCAACAGACCAAGAGAAUAUAUCCAGCUGCACCGGUAAGUACUGACAUACCCAUUAACAAACUUCAUUAACACCAUUGGUGCCUAUUGUGGUCAAGUGAUCUUUUUUAGGUCAGCCAACAUCUGUUGUUUAGAUCAUUUUUUUUAACGCAAUGAAAUCUAAGCUUAAAAAAUGUUUAUAAAUUACAAAAACCUGUUUUUCAUUUGCUUAGGCUUAAACCUUUAAUUUAAUAUUAUGGAUGAGAAUUUAAUAGUUUUUACAAAUAUUAGUAUUGUCAGUGUUCCAUAGAUUAUUGUUUUUUGAUUUAUCAUUAAUUGAUUUCCUUAACAAUAUAUUAUAUAUUGAGCCGCUAACUUUCUUUUAGAGAAUUAAGUAUUGAAAAUUAAAUAGCAUGCCUAUUUUAAAUCGGUCUUUAUUUAGAGACACAACAGUACAGACGUUGACUCUACAACCCACAGUUAGAGAUGGAGUGAUACAGUACGAGGACUCGCCUCUUGUAAGCAAUUUUUCCUGUGUUUAAAAUAUUUAUAUUACGUUAUCAUUAAAUUUGAUCUGUACACUGGCUGAAGCCAUAUUAGUAUUCUAAGUCCAUUAAUUUGUUAAAAACAUUGUUCUAUAAAGCUUCAAACCCCUAGUGCAUGAUUCCCUCACAAAGUGGCACUGGAAAUCAGUGAAAUUUCCUCAUCAACACCAGGAACAGAAACAUUGCAAAUCCCAUCUACAUGCAUAGGAGCCAAAAUGAUCAAUAAAUUGAUCGUGGGCCCUUAAGAUAUAGAAGUAGAAGCUGAUUAAUCAUCUGCAAAUCUGCCUUUGAUUUGGUGAAUAUUAAAAUUUUACCUGUUUAUUUUGACAGGUAAUAGCAGUAAAACUAGGUCACGUUCUGGUUGUGGACGAAGCCGACAAAGCCCCAACCAAUGUCACCUGUGUGCUGAAGACUCUGGUGGAAUCUGGAGAAAUGCACCUUGCAGAUGGACGGCGUAUAGUUGCAGGUGAACUUUCCUUUCAGUGAUGAACAAAAGUUCAACCUUCCUUUGAGUUUAAGCAUUAAGUCAAAUAUGACUUUGUAUUUUCCAAUAACUAUCAAGUGGUUGAUUAAAAAUCUGAAUCAAAGCAACUAUAAUAAAAUCAUGCAAAUGUUAAUGUACUUUUCUUUUUAAAACAAACCUGGUUUAUUUGUAACACUUGUUUGAAUAACUGUGUGUGUAAUGGAGCUGAUUCAAUGUAACAAAGUUACAACUUUUUCCUAUCACACUACCAGCAAAUUCAGGUCUACCACCGGGCCCUAGCAUCAUUGUUGCACAUCCUGACUUCCGUAUGAUUGUAUUAGCAAACAGGCCAGGAUUUCCAUUUUUGGGCAACGACUUUUUUGGUGCCAUGGGUAUGUAUUUAAUAUCUAUGUUUUUUUUUGUAUGAGUUGCAGCCCUGUUCGUAUGGAAUAGGUCUAUCACCAAGGUUUGAAGUUUCUAUUUAAUGUUUAAUAAAAAAAGUUUGUAGCUAUUGUUUUAGUCAGGAAAUAGAAAGGGCAUAGUGAAACUGUUUGAGUAAGUGGCAUGCAAGUAAGUCUAUUUGAACUCCCUCUGACUAGGUGACAUCUUCAGCUGUCACGCCAUCGACAACCCUGACAUGGAGUCUGAAAUGGCGAUGCUGCGUCAAUAUGGACCCGAGGUCCCGGAUGUCACACUGAAGAGACUUGUGUCAGCUUUUGCUGACCUCAGGGAAAUGGCUGACCAAGGACUUAUAAAUUACCCAUACUCGACCAGGGAGGUUGUCAAUAUGGUCAGACACUUACAGGUACAUUUCAAGAGUGUGUAGCAAUUAUAGAAUUAAAAAUGCAUUAAUUUUAUGUAACUUUGCAUCAUUUAGAAUUUUUUUUUCACAACCCAUCUAUGCUUUUCCUUUGGUUUGAAAAUUCAGUUGUGAGAGUUCAAGGUUGAGAGGAUUAAGAUUUUUGACCUGAUAAUGACCACUAAUGACAUGGAUAUUUAAACAUAUUCUUUCUUUGUCAUUUCCAGAAAUUCCCCAAUGAAGGGCUGACAAAUGUUGUUAGAAAUGUCUUUGACUUUGACUCAUACAAUAAGGAGCUGCAAGACACCAUUGUAGAGACCAUGCAGAAACAUGGAAUCCCUGUCGGGGCCUCACAAGCUUCAGUUUCAUUGGCUAAAGAGUAAGCAAGAGUUGUCUCACUUUGCUUGUUGGACCCCUUUACUGAUAAGUAAAAUCUGCAGUUGAAAUCAGCAGCAAUGAUAAAAACAAUUACUUUUGGUUGAAUGUAAGGAAUAAAAUAUAAAUUAAUAUUUUUAAAAUAGGGGAGGAGAGAGGAACACAAAUAGCUCAUUAAUGAACAUGAAUUGACUUUAAUCAUGUUUGGGGCUCAUGGAGACAUAUUUAUCAUUACUUUAAUUAGGCUGUUAGUUGUAAGACUAAGGAAGCUUUAUGAUGUUGAUUUAUUUUUAGGUUCAGCAGACAGAAGUUGUAUUUAUUUAUAUGAUAACUUUUGCACCACUGUGAUAACUUAAUUUGAUGCAAACAAUUCCCUGAGAUUGAAUGAUAUCUUUUAUAUCUUAAAAUUUUUAAUUAUAUAAUUUUUGUGUUGAACAAGUCAAAAUGGGGUUCUACAAGUAAAUUGACAACUUUUGCUGUACUUUUACCUGAUAUGGCCACUGAGAUGUAUUUGCAUUACACCGUCUUAUGAGUCUUGGGGAAUUUUUUGCCAUCAAAUAAAAUUUUGUUAUGUAUCAAGUUUAUUUUUGUGUUAUUUUCUUUCAUCACAUCAAGUAAGAAUGUGUUUUUUUGGAACAUUUUUUUUAUAAUAAAGCACAAAUGCAUUACAUUUUUAAAAUUAAAAUUCUAUUCUUUAGUUUACAAGUAUCAAAUAAAAAUAAUAUUGAACAAUACAAAAAAAAAGGGGGCAAUAAUUGUGAAACAACUUAUUUAAACUCAAAGAAACGGGGAGGUUAAACCUUAUCUUUACACUGCAUCAGCUUUUUUAAAAAUUAAUUUUGAAUGUUGAGCUGGGCUCAUGGGAGUCAAAGAGUUAAAGAAAUCAAUUUUAAUUAAAACAUAUCUUUCUAUUUUGAAAUCAACUUAGCUUGAAUGCGCUACGUAAAACAGAUUGAAUGAACAUAAAUCUCAAAAAAACAAAAUUAAAAAAUUAUCAAUUACAUUUCAAAUAUCAGUUUUGAUAUUAUGGCAACAGACUAUGGUGAUGGCUGAACAACAGUGUAGCAUUAGCAAGGUAUAAAGCAAUGUAGCAAUUUUUCAUCUAUCAACACAAAAUAACAUUUCAAAUCUGACUCAUGUGCAAACUGGCACCUUCCUCAACUGCCACUGGAUCAUGGUGAACUCUCAUCACAUUAGGAAAUAUAGUCCUCAGAAUACAAAUAAUUUUUAGUGUGAAAUAAAUAAGGAAUGUGUGGAUGUAUGAUUGUAUCACAACCUCAUCGAUGAAAGAUCUGCAGGCGCAAGGCUUGUUUGAUUCCUUCACUCCAUCUUCUUGCUCUUCUUUCACUCUGCCUUCCAUUAAAUUAGAUUUCCUAUGCCCAAGUUGGAGCUUAUAGGCCAAUGGGAGAUAACCAGGCAAGGAGAUAUGAGGAAGAAAACAGCACUGAUGAGUCUGCCUGUAACCACAAACAGGAUUCAGCUCAAGGUAAGUUUAAGAUAAGGAGGGGAUCUGGUAGCAUGUGAGAUAAGGUGGUCAUCUGGUAGCCUGUGAGAUAAGGUGGUCAUCUGGUAGCAUGUGAGAUAAGAGGGUCAUUUGGUAGCCUGUGAGAUAAGGGGGUCAUCUAGUAGCAUGUGACGUAAGGUGGUCAUCUGGUAGCAUGUGAGAUAAGGUGGUCAUCUGGUAGCUUGUGAGUUAAGGGGUCAUCUGGUAGCAUGUGAGAUAAAGGGGUCAUUUGGUAGCAUGUGAGACAAGGGGGUCAUCUGGUAGCAUGUGAGUUUAGGGGUCAUCUGGUAGCAUGUUAGAUAAGGGGGUCAUUUGGUAACAUGUGAGACAAGAGGGUCAUUAAGGGGGCCAUUUAAUGUUUUGCUUCCAUUAAUUUGUUUCCAACUAUUUGUUCUUGUAAUCAUUUCUUUUCUGUACUCAGUAUUUUGUUUCUGAACAUUCAUUAAAUUGCAAGGGAAUGAUAACAAAAUACAUUCUGUAACUUCUGAACAUGAUUUAUAAAAGAUAAUUUCUGGAGUUUAAACCCACUUUAAAAAAUACUGGUUAUUGUAUCCGUUUUGAGAUGUUGCAAAACUUGUUCGCCUAUUAACUUUAAAAUCUUGAUGAAAUCAUUGGAGAACUUUCUGUUGUCUCCUCAGGGUCCUGUUCCCCUUUUUGUCCAGAGUAAGACCUUGGAUAGAACUGAAUCAAGGUCAAACAAGUUUACAGAAGAAGAAGCCCACUCCAUCAUUCCAUUGGAUGAGGCCAACAUAGUGUGUGACGUAGCUGUCAGCAGAGGUAUGUGUGAUGUAGCUGUCAGUAGAGGUAUGUGUGAUGUAGCUGUCAGCAGUUAUGUGUGAAGUAGCUGUCAGUAGAGGUAUGUGUGACGUAGCUGUCAGUAGAGGUAUGUGUGAUGUAGCUGUCAGUAGAGGUAUGUGUGAUGUAGCUGUCAGUAGAGGUAUGUGUGACAUAGCUGUCAGUAGAGGUAUGUGUGAUGUAGCAGUCACUUAGAUAUGUGUGAUGUAGCUGUCAUUAGGGGUAUAUGUGAUCUAGCCGUCAGAGGUCUGUGUGAUGUAGCUGUCAUUAAGGGUAUAUGUGAUCUAGCUGUCAGUAGAGGUAUGUGUGACGUAGCUGUCAGUAGAGGUAUGUGUGAUGUAGCUGUCACUUUAGAUAUGUGUGAUCUAGCUGUCAGUAGAGGUAUAUGUGAUAUCAUUUGAAACUAAAAAUCAGCUACUAUUUAUCUUAUUUUUCAACUCUUAAAAAGUAUCUCCUGUGAAUAUAAAUGUCACAAAACAUCUGGAUCUGAUAAAAGAUUUCUUUGAAUGAAACUAUUGAAAAACUCAUCAGGAAAUUUUCAUAUUGUACAUCAGGAAAUUUUCAUAUUGUAAAUACUAUGCAGUGAUUAUAAGUUAACUUUAAUUUGACGAUGGAAACCCCCCCCCCUAUUGUGUGUCAAUUAAAACGAAAUAUUUUAUAUCAAAGAAUUGUAUGUUAUUGGUGUUAUCAAGAUUUUGUACUUAAUUAUAGUUGGAACCAGGAGCCCAGGAAAAAAUAAACACGAUGUCAUAUAUGUGUCCACAUGUCAUCCCAUUGGCCUUUAUACGCUGACUUCAUCAUCUCAUACAUCAAACUUCAUUGACAUGUACGAUGUCUUCCCUUCAACAAUGGGAUCCUACAGACCACAGGUAUGCCAUCGAAAUGUUGAUCUGAAAGAACGGUGCUGUGAGUAUGACCCGUUUCCUAUAGGAGGGACUGUUCAAUGCUUGAAAACUCCAGUUUAAACAAUUUAGCUGAGAAAUUUAGAUGCUAAAAAGACUUUAAUCCCGGCAUGAGUAUUUUCCCUAUCAGUAAGAUAUAAUGUACGGGGCCAAUGAUCUUGGGUGAUCUUUCCAUAGGUGCUUUUUCACAGGUCCUCCUGUUUUUAACUCUUUAGGCAGUCGUGCAGAGUGAACAAGCUAGAGGUGGAAUGAGGUGCGGAGUGAGCAAUCCAUGGAUGAGCGAUGCGUACGUGGGUGGAUAAGCAGCAGUUAAUAGAUUUGCACAUCUGUCCUUCAUGAACCGCGAUGUGAAAUAUAUCAUUUGCUUUUGAAUAAAUCAUUAUCUGCUUUGCCCCGUACUUUCUUCAGGUGAGGAUUCAGCCCCUUGGUUCACCCCUGGAUGACACAGUCAUUCUACAUGAACAAGUGGUGAGUCAAGGAGUUUUUGGUUUCACUCUUGGGGUUUGAUGGGGGAAAAGGGCUUUUCCGGUCCACACUUUUGUUGUUGGUUGUUGUUGUUUUGUGGUCUUCUUUCAGCUUUUCCGUGUCUUAUGGUUCAUAGUUCAUGUUUGAGAACUGCCUUGGAAUCUUAUAGCUGAACAAGAGGAGCCAUGUUUCUAUACUUUAUCUGAGCUAAAUUAUGAUUUUUUAAAGAAACUUGACCAAUCUCUGUAUCCCAUUUUGUCAAAAACACUUGGUCAGUGCUUGUCGGACCCUAGUUGGCUCUAAACAUGGAAUGAUGCACAAAAACCUAGGGGGAUGGAAUCACAACACUUUGGUCUAGCUUUUUCUUUUCUUUCAUUACCGGACUGAAAUUUGUGUCGACUGUCUCAGUAAUAUAUUUUAUCACUGAUUCCUUGACAGACCAACGUUGUAAUUUCUGUCAAUGUGGAGAGCAGCCAGAUAACUCGCCUGUUAUGUAAUGGCUUGCCAGAAGUGCCGCCUGCCAAAAGACUAUUCCCCAGCAUAACUACAAAGACAGAAGUAAGUUGAUGCCAUUUUUGAGCUUGCGCUGAGUUCUAUGUUGUUUGCUUUAACAAGACAGAUUUGUGUGUGACAGUGGCAUCUUUUAGAUUAUUGUAUGUACUGUACAGGUCAAUUCAUCUAGAAAUCAAUAGUUACAAAUCACCGUUUGAGAUUGUUUCAUUGAAAGUGGUCUCCUAUGUUCCUCCCCAGAAUCAGUUCAAAUUGUGCGUUAGUGAAGAACUUGACCCCAGAGGGACAACAGUGUUUUAUCAACAGAAUGGGUAAUUUAAGCAGUCAUUUUCACAGACAUAUGUGAGGGAAAUUUUGUUACAGGAAUUAAUGAUCUUUUCACUACUACAGUCAUACUCACAUAUAUUAUUUAUAAAAUUUUAUUGUGUUAAUCGUAUAUGUAAAUAAUAUAUGUGUGUAAAAUUAUAUAUUCCAGGCAACAGAUGGAGGUACUGAAUGUUCUAGAAGGUGUCUCUCAUACAGUAUCUCUGCCUGUCAACAUUGAAUCCUGCCACUCCAUUGGGGCUCAACAGUGGAUAGUACAAGAAGCAGACGCUAACAAGUCAGUGUUUUAAAACUUGAGAUUUACUCAAAAUUAGUUAUUAUUAAAUUAAAGCAGUCAUGCAGUAUUGUUGACACAGAGGCUGUCUGCCUGACAUCAACACCUGCCAAGAAUGGGCUAGAUCUGGUCUUUUACUGAUGUAUUUCCUGUUAUUUUAAUAUUACUUCCAAUUUAGUUACAUGGUUUGACUGGUCCAAUAUUAUUACUUGGUUUGAUUGGUCCAAUGUUAUUACUUGGUUUGAUUGGUCCAAUGUUAUUACUUGAUUUGAUUGGUCCAAUGUUAUUACUUGAUUUGAUUGGUCCAAUAUUAUUACUUGGUUUGAUUGGUUCAAUGUUACUACUUGCUUUGACUGGUCCAAUAUUAUUACUUGCUUUGAUUUGCUCAAUAUGUUUGUUCUUCUACUCAAGGAAAUACAUCUUGGAGAGAAAGAAUGAAGAUGAGUUUGUGAUUUUGCCCAUUACAGUUAAACAAGGUAAGGAUGAAAUAUUUCAGUGAAAAAAGUAGAGUAUUUUCAUUGCAUAAAGCUUUGAUUUUCAGCCUAAAUAAAAUUGUACAGAUCUAAACUAACCAAAUGUUCCGUUAUUUUCUUUGCUUGAUCAAGCAGCCAGUGGCAAGGCUCUCCACACAUCCACCAGCAGUUUGAGUGACUCCAAUCUAAGCAAGGCUUUGUCUCAGAAGAUCAGCAGCCCCAGCAGAGUUGCCGUGCUCAAUGACACAUUUGCUGCCGUACUUCUAGGAUUUCCUGAUCUAGUGAGUGUAUCACUGUGUCAUUUCAUGAAAGAAAGCUGAACAUUCAAGUCGAGUGUGUUCCUUUGCUGUAUGUGAUCGUACUCAACGUGAGAAGAUUUAGGAAACAUGGCAGGGUUACGUCUGUUACAAUAUAUUUCAUGUCGAUAAAAAAUAAUAAAGAUAUUGUUUUAAAAAAAAUAUUAAUUUUGGAAUAAAAUGAAAGGACGGCUGAUGGAGGUUGUGUUCACUUGCUGGUAGAAACUGUGAUGACUCUGUGUAAACGAUCGGGCUGGUAGAAACUGUGAUGACCCUGUGUAAACGAUCGGGCUGGUAGAAACUGUGAUGACCCUGUGUAAACGAUCGGGCUGGUAGAAACUGUGAUGACCCUGUGUAAACGAUCGGGCUGGUAGAAACUGUGAUGACCCUGUGUAAACGAUCGGGCUGGUAGAAACUGUGAUGACCCUGUGUAAACGAUCGGGCUGGUAGAAACUGUGAUGACCCUGUGUAAACGAUCGGUUCCCAAAUAUCUCAGAUAAAACAAAGCUUGUUUUUAACUUAGAGUGGUUGUCAAAAUUGCAGAGCCAAGUGGACAUUCAUGGCGCACCACGCAAACCCAUGCCAGAGACUUCAGCAUCCAACCAGCCAGAUCCCAUCUUUGGACUCAGGGCAAAGCCACAAGAACUGAACAAGGACAAGUCCAUAGCAUAUCUCCAAGAAUCUGGUCAAACUGUUAGAGCAUUACCUGUUUGGCAAGUGCCCCCUGAAGCCAAAGUAGAAGGUGAGAGGCGGGGGGGGGGGGGGGGGGGGGGGGGGCAUAAAGUCUGAUGUAGUUUCAGAGUUAUUGUAGUGUAAAUGAACUAUUGGAUCAGUAACAUAUUUAUCACUGUGAGGCCAAGCUCUAUUGUAGUGUAAAUGAACUAUUGGAUCAGUAACAUACUUAUCACUGUGAGGCCGAGCUCUAUUGUAGUGUAAAUGAACUUUUGGAUCAGUAACAUAUUUAUCACUGUGAGGCCAAGCUCUAUUGUACUGUAAAUGAACUAUUGGAUCAGUAACAUAUUUAUCACUGUGAGGCCAAGCUCUAUUGUAGUGUAAAUGAACUAUUGGAUCAGUAACAUAUUUAUCACUGUGAGGCCAAGCUCUAUUGUAGUGUAAAUGAACUAUUGGAUCAGUAACAUAUUUAUCACUGUGAGGCCAAGCUCUAUUGUAGUGUAAAUGAACUAUUGGAUCAGUAACAUAUUUAUCACUGUGAGGCCAAGCUCUAUUGUAGUGUAAAUGAACUAUUGGAUCAGUAACAUAUUUAUCACUGUGAGGCCAAGCUCUAUUGUAGUGUAAAUGAACUAUUGGAUCAGUAACAUAUUUAUCACUGUGAGGCCAAGCUCUAUUGUAGUGUAAAUGAACUAUUGGAUCAGUAACAUAUUUAUCACUGUGAGGCCAAGCUCUAUUGUAGUGUAAAUGAACUUUUGGAUCAGUAACAUAUUUAUCACUGUGAGGCCAAGCUCUAUUGUAGUGUAAAUGAACUAUUGGAUCAGUAACAUAUUUAUCACUGUGAGGCCAAGCUCUAUUGUACUGUAAAUGAACUAUUGGAUCAGUAACAUAUUUAUCACUGUGAGGCCAAGCUCUAUUGUAGUGUAAAUGAACUUUUGGAUCAGUAACAUAUUUAUCACUGUGAGGCCAAGCUCUAUUAUAGUGUAAAUGAACUUUUGGAUCAGUAACAUAUUUAUCACUGUGAGGCCAAGCUCUAUUGUAGUGUAAAUGAACUAUUGGAUCAGUAACAUAUUUAUCACCGUGAGGCAAAGCUCAAUCUUUGCUUUGGUGUUUCCUCAGCUGGGAACAGUUCAUCUCUGAGCGGUUACCUGGAGGUGUCGGACAUCACCAACCACACCUUGAGAUACAUCCCCAUGCCAGCGUACGUCAACUACUCGUUUGCUCAAAUUUCCUGUUUAAUCCUUCAAUUAAAAUCAAGACUGAAAACCACUCUCAUGAUAAUGGGAAGGAUAUAAUAAUUAAAAAAAUUUUUUUUUCAUUCCUCUUUUUGCAUAUAAGUCUAUUUCUCAAGUUGACAAGUUCAUUUUUUUGGAAAUAUAAAAUUGAGUUGUAUGUAAAAAAAAAUGAACAUUUGAAGUACAAAAAGAAUUGUUUCUACUCCAGUCCCAAGCAGGUCUCCCCCUACGCCUCCUGGCUGUUCAACAACGCAGACUGUAAUGUGUUCAUUGCCCCCACCUCCAACGAUGGACUCGUCUCUGUUGAUAUCGGCGGCUGUGUCAGGCACUGGGAGACGGUGCCGGCAAGGCUGGACAACUCUCUCAGGCAGUGGAGGAACAUGUUGGGAUUUGAUGACGGCCGACCUCUGCAGGUCAGAUUUCCUUGUCACUUAGGCCAGUUAGGAUGUGUAGGAAUGAACAUACUCUUAGUAUAUUGGCUGACAAUAAACAAUAAACAUUAUACACCAAUACACUGUGAUGUGUUUCAAUGCCAUCAAUACACUGUGAUGUGUUACAAUGCCAUCAAUACACUGUGAUGUGUUUCGAUGCCAUCACUACACUGUGAUGUGUUACGAUGCCAUCACUACACUGUGAUGUGUUACGAUGCCAUCAAUACACUGUGAUGUGUUUUGAUGCCAUCAAUACACUGUGAUGUGUUACGAUGCCAUCAAUAAACUGAUGUGUUACAAUGUCAUCAAUACACUGUGAUGUGUUACAAUGUCAUCAAUACACUGUGAUGUGUUACAAUGCCAUCAAUACACUGUGAGUGUUACAAUGCCAUCAAUUCACUGUGAUGUGUUACAAUGCCAUCAAUAGGUCAUGAUGUGUUACGAUGUCAUCAAUACACUGUGAUGUGUUACGAUGCCAUCAAUAGGCCGUGACUUAAAUUUGUUCCUUCAGUUAAACCAAGAACGAGAGAGCGGCAGGGACCACGAGGACAUCGAUGUCAAGCACGGGAAAGAAGAUCCACUGAAUCAACCACAUGUGGGAGGCAACACUUGGGCUGGCGGUGUGGGUGAGUCUUGCUGGCGGUGUGGAUGAGUCUUGCUGGCAGUGUGGGUGAGUCUUGCUGGCCGUGUGGGUGAGUCUUGCUGGGUGAGUCUUGCUGGCGGUGUGGGUGAGUCUUGCUGGCGGUGUGGGGUUGUUGGGCUAAAGCUGUGGGGUUAGUUGGGGAGUGGGGGGGGGUUGUGUCAGGCAAAGGCUGUUGGGGAGCGGUGUGGGUGGGUCGUGCUGGCGGUGUGGGUUUGGUGGGCUGAGGCUGUGGGGUUAGUUGGGGAGUGGGGGGGGGUUGUGUCAGGCAAAGGCUGUUGGGGAUUCAGAAUAAGGGUGUGGGGUGUGGGGGAGUCUGUUAUCUUCUGCCUAUCAUAAUAGGGGUGUGGGAGAGUCUGUUAUCUUCUGUCUAUCAUAAUAGGGGUGUGGGAGAGUCUGUUAUCUUCUGCCUAUCAUAAUAGGGGUGUGGGAGAGUCUGUUAUCUUCUGCCUUUUGUACCAAUAAAAUUUGUUUGACAGAAAAUUGUUAAGACAGAAGUUUGUUCAAAAUUAAAUAAUGGGAAAAAAAAUUAUAUAUUUUAUUUAAAAGUUUACAUUUUGCCCAGGCCUCACUCGCACUUUCCCUUAAAAUUAAAUUUUAAUAUUAAACAAAUCAAUCUCUCUUAAACAAAUUUCCAUUUGAACAAAUUUUUGUCUAACAAUUUUUCUCACAAAUUUCCAGAAACACUUCUACCUACAUACUGGAUGUGUUAUCUUCUGCCUACAUACUGGUUCCAUUAUCUUCUGCCUACAUACUGGUUCCAUUAUCUUCUGCCUACAUACUGGUUCCAUUAUCUUCUGCCUACAUACUGGGUCUGUUAUCUUCUGCCUAGAUACUGGUUCCGUUAUCUUCUGCCUACAUACUGGGUCUGUUAUCUUCUGCCUACAUACUGGUUCCAUUAUCUUCUGCUUACAUACUGGGUCUGUUAUCUUCUGCCUACAUACUGGUUCCAUUAUCUUCUGCCUACAUACUGGGUCUGUUAUCUUCUGCCUACAUACUGGUUCCAUUAUCUUCUGCCUACAUACUGGGUCUGUUAUCUUCUGUCUACAUUCUGGGUCUGUUAUCGUCUGCCUGCAUACUGGGUCUGUUAUCUUCUGUCUACAUUCUGGGUCUGUUAUCGUCUGCCUGCAUACUGGGUCUGUUAUCUUCUGUCUACAUUCUGGGUCUGUUAUCUUCUACCUACAUACUGGGUCAGUUAUCUUCUGACUACAUUCUGGGUCUGUUAUUUUCUUCCAAGUAAGUAAGUUUAAAGAGGGUCAAAUGUUAUAGGUCCUCACUGAAAGUAACAUUUGAAUUGACCACUGUGAAGCCAUUACAAUAUAACCAUCUAAUGGAUUUUUCCAUUUAGGUGGAAGUGGGACAGCCGGACUUGGCGGGUUUGGUGGGCCAUAUCGCCUAGAUUCUGGCAAUACAGUGUUCCAAGUGCCACAGUGGGAGAAAGAUGCCGUACCAGAACAUGUAAGUCUAUUUUCUACUUUGACUGAAAGUGCAACAUUGUGCCAUGUUUCCACAACUUGCCAGAUAAAACAACAAACUUGUGUAUUGUUUUUAUAGAUCAUUCUAACUGAUUUUGUUUCUGAAUGCUCCUCAGAUUAGGCAGGCAGCCAGAGAGAUGGGCCAGAAAGCUUAUCAGCAAAGGUAGGUACAGCUGAACAAAUACUGGUAUAGCAAGUUUGUCUAACAGAUGAUACUGACCAUUGGUGGCCAUACAGUUGAACGGUAACAUGUGGGGGGGGGGACCUCUAAUGGUUACAUCAGGUGGUCUCCUCUAAUGGUUUUAUAUGGUGGUCUCCUCUAAUGGUUACAUCAGGUGGUCUCCUCUAAUGGUUCCAUCAUGUGAUCUCCUCUAAUGGUUCCAUCAGGUGGUCUCCUCUCAUGGUUAUAUCAUGUGGUCUCCUCUUAUGUGGUCUCCUCUAAUGGUUUCAUCAGGUGGUAUCCUCUAAUGGUUACAUCAGGUGUUCUCCUCUAAUGGUUUCAUCAGGUGGUAUCCUCUAAUGGUUACAUCAGGUGGUCUCCUCUAAUGGUUCCAUCAUGUGAUCUCCUCUAAUGGUUCCAUCAGGUGGUCUCCUCUCAUGGUUAUAUCAUGUGGUCUCCUCUUAUGUGGUCUCCUCUAAUGGUUUCAUCAGGUGGUAUCCUCUAAUGGUUACAUCAGGUGUUCUCCUCUAAUGGUUUCAUCAGGUGGUAUCCUCUAAUGGUUACAUCAGGUGGUCUCCUCUAAUGGUUCCAUCAUGUGAUCUCCUCUAAUGGUUCCAUCAGGUGGUCUCCUCUCAUGGUUAUAUCAUGUGGUCUCCUCUUAUGUGGUCUCCUCUAAUGGUUUCAUCAGGUGGUAUCCUCUAAUGGUUACAUCAGGUGUUCUCCUCUAAUGGUUUCAUCAGGUGGUAUCCUCUAAUGGUUCCAUCAGGUGUUCUCCUCUAAUGGUUACAUCAGGUGUUCUCCUCUAAUGGUUACAUCAGGUGUUCUCCUCUAAUGGUUCCAUCAGGUGUUCUCCUCUAAUGGUUACAUCAGGUGUUCUCCUCUAAAGGUUACAUCAGGUGUUCUCCUCUAAUGGUUACAUCAGGUGUUCUCCUCUAAUGGUUACAUCAGGUGUUCUCCUCUAAUGGUUACAUCAGGUGUUCUCCUCUAAUGGUUACAUCAGGUGUUCUCCUCUAAUGGUUACAUCAGGUGUUCUCCUCUAAUGGUUACAUCAGGUGUUCUCCUCUAAUGGUUACAUCAGGUGUUCUCCUCUAAUGGUUACAUCAGGUGUUCUCCUCUAAUGGUUACAUCAGGUGUUCUCCUCUAAUGGUUACAUCAGGUGUUCUCCUCUAAUGGUUACAUCAGGUGUUCUCCUCUAAUGGUUACAUCAGGUGUUCUCCUCUAAUGGUUACAUCAGGUGUUCUCCUCUAAUGGUUACAUCAGGUGUUCUCCUCUAAUGGUUACAUCAGGUGUUCUCCUCUAAUGGUUACAUCAGGUGUUCUCCUCUAAUGGUUACAUCAGGUGUUCUCCUCUAAUGGUUACAUCAGGUGUUCUCCUCUAAUGGUUACAUCAGGUGUUCUCCUCUAAUGGUUACAUCAGGUGUUCUCCUCUAAUGGUUACAUCAGGUGUUCUCCUCUAAUGGUUACAUCAGGUGUUCUCCUCUAAUGGUUACAUCAGGUGUUCUCCUCUAAUGGUUACAUCAGGUGUUCUCCUCUAAUGGUUACAUCAGGUGUUCUCCUCUAAUGGUUACAUCAGGUGUUCUCCUCUAAUGGUUACAUCAGGUGUUCUCCUCUAAUGGUUACAUCAGGUGUUCUCCUCUAAUGGUUACAUCAGGUGUUCUCCUCUAAUGGUUACAUCAGGUGUUCUCCUCUAAUGGUUCCAUCAGGUGGUCUCCUCUAAUGGUUACAUCAGCCCCACUAUCAGGUGAUCAAUGAAUUUGAGUAUUUACAACAAACCAACCAUGUGCACACAUCAAGAAUUUGCAUACUGUGGGACUUCAUCCAAUUUGAGUUCCACUUGAUUUAUCCCCCCCCCCCCUCAACCUUCUGACUCCUCUCAUUGGAUUUUACUUUAUUUCCUCAGUGUUAUUGUAAGUUGGUUCAAAAAGAACAUUUUUUUUAUCACAAGUUUUUAGUCAAGUAAACAAAUCACUGAGUGAUGUUUAAACCUUACCCCCCUCCCCCACCCUCUUUCUUCCCAUGCCUUUGAUUUUUUUUUGUUAAGAGACAAGACUGACUUGUUACUUUACAUCAACAACUUAUGAAUUAAUAUAUAUAAAUAUGUACACUAAUAUAUCUAAACACUAUUGCAACUAUAACCACUAAUAUAACACUAUUGCAACUAUAACCACUAAUAUAUCUAAACACUAUUACAACUAUAACCACUAAUAUAUCUAAACACUAUUGCAACUAUAACCACUAAUAUAUCUUAACACUAUUGCAACUAUAACCACUAAUACAUCUAAACUCUAUUGCAACUAUAACCACUCUUAUAUAUCAACACUAUUGCAACUAUAACCACUUAUAUAUCUAAACACUAUUGCAACUAUAACCACUAAUACAUCUAAACACUAUUGCAACUAUAACCACUCUUAUAUAUCAACACUAUUGCAACUAUAACCACUUAUAUAUCUAAACACUAUUGCAACUAUAACCACUUAUAUAUCUAAACACUAUUGCAACUAUAACCAGUAAUAUAUCUAAACACUAUUGCAACUAUAACCAGUGUAAGGCCUAUAUGUUAACAGGCUAAAAGAGAUUCAGAUGAGCGAGUACGAUGGACAGCUUUAUGAACGUUAUUCAGCCGGUGUCAGGCGACAGGUUCAAAGUCUUAGAGUUAUCCUGGACUCACUCCAGGUAAUCAUGCCAGAUUGUAUGAUAAUGCAAACAUAAUAUAUCGCCAAUGUUACCAUCCAACUAUUGGUGUAAUCAAGUUAGAUUGUACUAGAAUGUAAACAUAUAUUCCAUAUACAUCACGACAUCCAACUAUUGGUGUAAUCAAGUCAGGUUGUAUGAGAAUGUAAACAUAUAUCCCAUAUACAUCACGACAUCCAACUAUUGGUGUAAUCACGUCAGAUUGUAUGAGAAUGUAAACAUAUAUCCCAUGUACAUCACAACAUCCAACUAUUGGUGUAAUCACGUCAGAUUGUAUGAGAAUGUAAACAUAUAUCCCAUAUACAUCAUGACAUCCAACUAUUGGUGUGAUCAAGUCAGAUUGUAUUAGAAUGUAAACAUAUAUCCCAUAUACAUCAUGACAUCCAACUAUUGGUGUGAUCAAGUCAGAUUGUAUGAGAAUGUAAACAUAUAUCCCAUAUACAUCAUGACAUCCAACUAUUGGUGUGAUCAAGUCAAAUUGUAUGAGAAUGUAAACAUAUAUCCCAUAUACAUCACGACAUCCAACUAUUGGUGUAAUCAAGUCAGAUUGUAUGUUAGUAAUGGAGGGUUUCAAUAAAUUUUCCAUCUGGAAAAAAGGGUUUCUUGAGAUGAAUCUUUUCUCAGUCAAUAAUAAAGGAGAAAUACGUCACAUUGGGAAAUGGUGUCGGUGAGCAGUCAAGUGCAAGCUCUUAAUGCCCCCCCCCCCCUGGCACACCUCCACACAGGUCAGACGUCGGGUCUCCCGGUGCCAGACUGUGCAGUGGAACGCCAGAAAUCUUCCCCCUGGCCUGGAGGACAGCUGGUCGACAGAAAUGCUGCGAUUAAAGCGUCCGCAGCCGACUCUCUCGGAGGGUUUGGGCGGGUUUACUUACACUCCCCCAACGCCCAGGGAGUCUUUCUGUUGGGAUGAAAAGCUGGGACAAAAUGGUUGCCUUGGUGCAGAUUUCUCAUUGCUGCGUAGCUUUACUCAUCGACUUGGGUUUUCCCGCCACCCAAGCCUCAUAGCCAUCAACGGCAAUAAGUAGUCAUGUUAUUGCGUUAUUACUCCCGUUGCAUUGGGAGUCAUGCGGUCGGCGGGGGUUUGUUGGUUUUGGGUGGACUACCGACCUUACUAGUCCGCCAUGCCACGAAGAGGCGAACCCCUUGUAGACGCCCCAAGUUCUCUGAGACGCUCCCGCUUUCGCAGGAUGGAUACGGAGAAAUAAAAGCCAGUUAUUUUUUCUAAAAAAAAAUUUUUUUUGUAUGCCUUGUUGACUUGAUGACAGUGUACGUCAUAAGCAAUAAACUAUUUGAAUUACAAUUUAUUGCCAGGGGCCAAGAUUGGUACUGACAUACCAUGGGCACUGACUCACCAUGGUAACCAUACUCUAUGACACUGACAUACCUUUUACUGACACAUAGCACUGACACACCAUGGUAACCAUACUCUAUGACACUGACAUACCUUUUACUGACACAUAGCACUGACACACCAUGGGCAUUGACACAUCAUGCUACCCAUCAAGGUACUAACACACCCUUGCAUUGACUCACCAUGGCACUGAUUCACCAUGGCAUUGACUCACCAUGGCACUGAUUCACCAUGGCACUGAUUCACCAUGGCACUGAUUCACCAUGGCACUGAUUCACCAUGGCACAGACAAACCAUAGCACUGACAAGCUAUUCACUGACACUGUAUGACAUGGAUACACCAUAACUCUGAUGUCACGCUGACUUUUCUAUUUUGGCGGAUUACCUGGUUUAGAGUGUGAGAUGACUUUGAUAUUUCAAAUAGCCAGACAGAGACAUUUAUAUUAGAGUGUCAGAUGACUUUGGUGUUUCAAAUAGCCAGACAUUCUUGUCCACAUUCAUUGAGUGUGUUGAUCAAAGAGAGACAACCAAGACUAACAGAGACCGCAUAUCUAUUCACACUCGUCCUUGUCUCCCUUUUUUGUGUGUGUUUUUUUUCCCCCUUCAUCGUGUGUGCUGUUCAAAGAAAUCAAACCAAAUACAAAACACAAGGCUGACUCUUCAAACGGGAGGAUGCAAAUUUGAAAUAGGUUCACCUGUAAACCAACAUAGAGUAUCUCCUUGUCUGCGAGAGGCUAGUUUUUGUUGGACCAAGAGCAUUGGCCAGAGAUAGUGGUGGCCAGGUUGGCAAACAUCAAAUUUGAGCGGUGCUGUUAAUGUGGACACUGCCGGGGUCAUCCUUGUCAACAAAAUGAUUGUUGCUAUUUGCAGCAAGCCGGCAGAUGGACUGUGACCCAGAGGUUACGGGUUUGACUCUAGCAUAUGAACAUGCAGGACAAAAAAUGUGAUGCCCACAUAUGGACUGUUUAGGAACCCAUUAAGCCACGAAAAUUCAGUUCCUGAAUGAAAAUAGUCUGAUUAUUUUGACAUCGCCAGUGUUUGCAUAUUUAACUAAGGAAAGUCUGGCUAUUUUGCUUUUUGAUGGGCAACAGCCCCAUGCCAAUUUAUUACCUCUCUUCUUCAUUAAUUGUCUUCAUAUGUUUAAUAUUUUGGGUUCAAGUAUACUGAUUCAUGAGCUUAACCCAAAGGACUCAAAGUCUGCACCACACAGAUCCUGGAACAUGACAACAUCUACCAAAAUCUACUCUUAGCAAUUGGCGCUGAUGCUGGCUUGGUCCUGUAAAGUGAAUGGAACCCCCUUCCCCCUCCCUUGUACAGGAAUCUUUAGCCCUAAUAAUUUUUUUAUUAGUUGAAUAAAUCUUUAUUCUGCUUGUAUACACUUGCAGCUGAUCUUAUUUGUAUCGUUAGUCUGAAUGUUAAUUAAGCUAUCUUCACAUCCAAAAAUAAUUAUUACUUUUGAAUCACAGUAAAUGUCUCAUCGAAUUCCACUCUCUACAUGCCACUAAAGUUAGGUUUAACACAGAAAGCUAACCAUGCUUGUCCUAUGUCUUUGAUACAGGCCAAAGGUAAAGAGCGUCAGUGGCUCAAGCACCAGUCGUAUGGGGAUCUGGACGAUGCCAAACUGAUUGAGGGUCUGACGGGGGAGAACAGCAUUUACAAGAGACGUGGGGAGAAGGAGCCAGAGGUGAGCCAAGUUAUAAGAUCAUGGGCUCACCACACAUAAAGUGUUAUAAUACAUUUCAUUAGAUAGGCUCAUUACACAUAAGAUGUUAUGAUACAUAUCAUGAGAUGGGCUCACUGCACGUAAGGUUUCAUGAUACAGUUCAUAAGAUGGGUUCACCACACAUAAGGUGCUAUGAUACAUAUCAUGAGAUGGGCUCACCACACAUAAGAUGUUAUGUUACAUUUCAUUAGAUGGGCUCACCACAUUGAUAUAUUUCAUUAGAUGGGCUCACCACAAGAACACCCCAAACGUCUACGUCUGCUGGUUGACGUGUCCGGCAGCAUGUAUCGUUUUGACGGCCAUGAUUCCAGGCUGACCAGGCAGAUGGAAGCUGUCUUGAUGGUUAUGGAGGCUUUUGAAACAUAUGAGGAAAAAUUCAAGGUAACCUUUGUACGCAAGCACACUUGUUUCAAGCUGUAGGUUUGACCAAUACUACUGUCUCUCUUGGGUUGGAUGUGGCCAAGCACACUUGUUUCAAGCUGUAGGUUUGACCAAUACUACUGUCUCUCUUGGGUUGGAUGUGGCCAAGCACACUUGUUUCAAGCUGUAGGUUUGACCAAUACUACUGUCUCUCUUGGGUUGGAUGUGGCCAAGCACACUUGUUUCAAGCUGUAGGUUUGACCAAUACUACUGUCUCUCUUGGGUUGGAUGUGGCCAAGCACACUUGUUUCAAGCUGUAGGUUUGACCAAUACUACUGUCUCUCUUGGGUUGGAUGUGGCCAAGCACACUUGUUUCAAGCUGUAGGUUUGACCAAUACUACUGUCUCUCUUGGGUUGGAUGUGGCGAAGCACACUUGUUUCAAGCAGAAGGUUUGACCAAUACUACUGUCUCUCUCUUGGGUUGGAUGUGUGGAUUUCCCUCUUUGUCACAAUUAUCUACAAUAAGGUGAUCAUUAAAGGUUUUUGCUAUUAGUCCUGAAGGUAAACAUUAUUAUCCUUUCACCUCUUGAAGCCAAUCCAUUGACCACUGUAACUAUCCACUGACCUUUUAAAGCCUAUCAAAUGAGUUUUGAAGUCUGUCCAAGGACCCCAUUGAGGCCAGGCCAUUGACCUCUUGAAGUCUAGCCAUGGACUCCCUGAAUCCCAUACAUUGACCCACCAGGUCUAUUUAUGGACCCCCCAGAAGUUAAGUUUAUCCAUGGAUGCCCGAGGUUGAUCCUUAAAACUUAAUGCUAUCAUAAUUUUUAAUUUGUUUUUUAAGCUCAACAAUCUCAUUGUAGAGUAAAAUAAAAAUACACAUUUCGUGCACGUUGUUUAUAGAUACUAGUUCACGUCUUGAGUAGCCAUUCCAUGUGCCUAUCAUUGAAUUGCCCUCAGUACGACAUCUAUGGUCACUCUGGAGAGACAUACAUGGAAGAGUUUGUUAAGGUGGACAAGCCCCCAAAGGACAACAAAGAGAGACUGAACGUGCUGAAGCUGAUGCUGGCCCACGCCCAGUUCUGCAUCAGCGGGGACCACACGCUGGAGGCGGCCAAGCACCACAUCGGGGCCAUCGCCAAGGAGGAGGCGGACGAGCACUUUGUCAUCUUGUUGAGCGAUGCCAACUUUGACCGCUACGGGAUACGUCCAUCUCGUUUCGGGGAGAUCCUGACCUCCAACGAGGACGUGAACGCUUUUGCUAUAUUUGUGGGCUCACUAGGUGACCAGGCCAUCAGGUGAGAGUGACAGGACUCUAGCUUUUGACAGGACUCUAGCUUUUGACAGGACUCUAGCUUUUGACAGGACUCUAGCUUUUGACAGGACUCUGGCUUUUCACUUUUCUAAAUAAAAAAUUUAGCUGUAUAUUUUAUUUCAUUUUCCACAUGGCCAGCGCAGGGUACGAAGUUUAAAUAAAAUCUCUCAUCAGAGAAUAAUUUGUCCAUAAUUUUAAACUAAUCUCCCAUACGUUAGUGUAUUAUUCUCUUCAAAUUUAUUUACCUAAGUUCUUCUUAAUGAACUUAAAAUGAACAUUUAACCAUCAAUUGAAAUAUUGUCAGUCAUGGCAACAAAAAUUAUAUUUCACCACAAACCUGAAAUUGCUAGUCUAGAAAAUAUUUCAGAUAUUGAACUAGAGAGGGAUUCUGACAAAGUCAUUCUUAUAUUUGCCCACAGACUGAACAAGCAACUGCCCAUGGGUCACUCCUAUGUGUGUAUGGACACCAAGAACCUACCUCAGAUACUGCAGCAAAUAUUUGCCUCCACUCUUCUUACAUCCUAGCAGCUUGUCUACAGACACUAGGGUGCUGCACAUUCUCAGUCAUGUGACUUGAAGUCACCGGGACAAAUGUAAUGUUGAUUAGUGUCAAGUUGAUCCAUGUCCAAACAUGGGUCCUGACUUGACUCAUACCAGCCUUGUUUUAUGUGCCAUAGAAAUUGUUCUGAAAUUAAAUGUAGCUGACGAAUUGGAACUUUUGUGAGAUUGUGGCUUAUGAUAGGGUGUUGCUUGAUUGGAGUGUCCUUUGAUAGCGUGUCACUUGAUUGGAUAUCACUUGAUGGAUGUCACUUGAUUGAAUGCUACUUGGUUGUCACUUGAUUGGAUGUUACUUAAUACAACUUGCUUGGAUGUCACUUGAUUGGGUGUCACUUGAUUGGGUUUCUCUUUAUUGGAUGUCACUUGAUAUGGUGUCACUUGAUUGGGUGUCACUUGAUUGGGUGUCUCUUGAUUGGGUGUCACUUGAUUGGGUGUCACUCGAUUGGAUGUCACUUGAUUGGGUGUCACUUGAUUGGGUGUCACUUGAUUGGGUGUCUCUUGAUUGGGUUUCUCUUGAUUGGGUGUCACUUGAUUGGAUGUCACUUGAUUGGAUGUCUCUUGAUUGGAUGUCACUUGAUUGGAUGUCACUUGAUUGGGUGUCUCUUGAUUGGAUGUCACUUGAUUGGGUUUCUCUUGCUUGGAUGUCACUUGAUUGGGUUUCUCUUGGUUGGAUGUCACUUGAUUGGAUGUCACUUGAUUGGAUGUCACUUGAUUGGAUGUCACUUGACUGGGUUUCUCUUGAUUGGAUGUCACUUGAUUGGAUGUCACUUGAUUGGAUAUCACUUGAUUGCGUGGUACUUGAUUGGGUGGCACUUGAUUGGGUGUCACUUGCUUGGAUGUCACUUGAUUGAGUGUCUCUUGAUUGAAUAUCACUUGAUUGGGUGUCACUAGAUUGGGUGUCUUUUAAUUGGAUGUCACUUGAUUGGGUGUCACUUGAUUGGGUUUCUCUUAAUUGGAUGUCACUUGAUUGAGUGUCUCUUGAUUGGAUGUCACUUGAUUGGGUUUCUCUUGAUUGGGUGUCACUUGAUUGAUUGUCCCAUUAUUAGGUGUUACAUUAAACAGUAAGAUUUAAAAUGGAUGUAGUGGUGAUGUUGAGAAUAAAAAGUAUAAUAUAAUGCUAAGGUGAGAGUAGAUGAAGAAUUAUGAAAGACAUUUAAUUUUUUUUACUUUCUGAGGCUUGUUAUUUGUACAUAUUAUUGAAAGCGCGAACAGAUGUGAUGAUAUUAUUGAAAGUAUGGACAGAUGUUAUUACGGCUAUUGUGAUAAAUGCAUUACCUGGUGAGUCACAUCAAAUCAAAUGUUCUCAAAUGGGAUUCAGUGGAAUUUUAAGUGAGUUCCUUCCAUUAUCCUGGCCAAUAUUACCUUUGUUUUGACAGAAAAUCGAAGCGUUUCACUAGACUAAUAAAAUAGAAAAC